UAUUCAUGAGCUUCAGCAGGAUUGGUGUGGGUCGCUCGUUGAACGCGAUUUAUCUUCAUGGCUGCUCGUUUAGGUAGAAAAUGCGUCGCUACAUUCGCGUCUUGUUCGUUUGCACAUUACUCGUCUUCUGCUCGCUCUUGUACACAUUUAGUCAACUGGUGUCGUCGCUGGAGAGCGCCAGUCCUCAGGCGCGAGCACACCGGACACGCGCAGCACAUUCAGGCCUCGGUGACAGGUGUCAUUCAGGGUCCGUCACUCACUGGAACUCCUAUGGGAUGCCUUCUGCUGUUUGCGGACAGAACUGCUUUAUGGAGUCGGCUGUUAGGUACACUGUUCCAGUGCCCGGGGUCCGUGAGCAGGACCGUCAGGAGCCCGUCAGACUGGCUGUGGUGGCGUGCGGUACCCGUCUGGAGGAAACGCUCACCAUGCUGAAAUCUGCCGUCCUGUUCAGCUGCAGAAAGCUUCACUUUAAUAUUUUCGCAGAAGAUGAGCUGCACGUCGGCUUCAGACAGGCACUGGAGUCGUGGCCGGAGAAAUUCCGCUCCAAGUUUAACUACAGCACGCAUCCCAUCACCUUUCCCAGCGAGAACGCCAGAGAGUGGAGAAAACUUUUCAAACCGUGCGCUUCACAAAGACUCUUUCUUCCUCUGAUCCUGAAGGACGUCGACUCUCUGCUGUACGUGGACACAGAUAUCCUGUUCCUGCGGCCGGUGGAGGACAUCUGGAAGUUUCUCUCAGGGUUUAACAGCAGUCACGUGGCUGCGAUGGCGCCGGAGCACGAGGAGCCGCGGAUCGGCUGGUACAAUCGUUUCGCUCGACACCCGUACUACGGACGGACCGGAGUAAACUCGGGCGUCAUGCUGAUGAACCUGACACGAAUCCGAGCCAAACACUUUAAGAAUGACAUGACAGCCGUGAACCUGAAGUGGGCCGACCUGUUGAUGCCUCUGCUACACAAAUAUAAACUCAACAUCACCUGGGGUGAUCAAGACCUGCUUAACAUCAUAUUUCAUCAUAAUCCAGAGAGUCUGUUUGUGUUCCCGUGCCAAUGGAAUUACCGUCCGGAUCACUGCAUAUACGGCAGUAACUGCAACGACGCCGAACAGCAUGGCGUUUACAUUCUCCAUGGAAACCGUGGGGUUUACCAUGACGACAAGCAACCUGUAUUCAGAGCCAUUUACGAUGUUAUUCAGAAGUAUCCGUUCGGAGAAGAUGCAGUCCACGGUUUACUGCGCCCCUUGGAGGAGAAGCUACGGGACGCCGGACACACGUACUGCGGAAGAGUCUGGCACAUCUUCACCAAACAAUUGCAAGAAAGUGUGAGAGAGCUACAGAAAGACAAAAUCAGAUGAGUCCUGAAACCCAAUCGGUGUCUUUGCAUGUUCUCAGGAGUGGUAAAAUCACUGCGAUGGAUCACAAACCGACAAUCGUUCAACACGAAAAUGUUAUUGUGAUCAUUUUAGAUCACAGUGGAUACACGUCACAGUUUGUUUCUGAAGCUCGGGAGAGUUGGGAGAGCGACACAAAAGUCAUGGGUUUGAUUCCAGGAGGACGCACGUACUGAUAAAAAUAAUAGAUUGAAUGCAGUGUUGCUUUGGAUAAAAGCGUCUGCCAAAUGCAUAAAUGUACGUGUUAAUUCAUCACAUCGAGGCUGCGUUUGAUUAGCAGAAAGCUUAGAGAUAUAUUAUAGUAUAUUUAAAAUGACAGAUUUAUGAUCAACGACAAACACGUGUCCUAACCGCGCACUAGUCUUUUUCAUACGGGAAAACAGAAGAAAAAUAUUAAUGACAUCCUGCGCUACACAAAGUUUUUACAUAAAACAGGUUUCCCUUGACUAUGAUGUAACCAUGACAAAGAACUGGACCAAUGAGAUUUCACGGUGGGUUUCUGAAUGAGACGCUCAAUCGUUUUAUUGUGUCACGGCUGGUUAGGAUGCAGCGUGACGGGUACAGAUGAUAAUAUAUGCGAAAAUGACAGAAAAUAUAUUUUAUUGAACAGAUAUUACACACGGAAAGAUACAGAAUUAAUGAUCACAUGUGAAUAUUUGAAUGUGAUAAAUGUUUAGAUUUUGAAUGAUGUUUUUGUUUGUCUCAGGCAUGUUUCUGACAGGUUACAGGUGAUGCACCUGUUUAUUGCCAAAUGCUCUUUUCAUUCAGGUCAUGUUCACAUGUUAAUUUAUGUUUUUUAGGACUGUCAAAAGAUUAAUCGCGAUUAAUCGCAUCCAGAAUAAAAGUUUGUGUUUACAUAACAUAUGUCUGUGUACUGUGCAUAUUAAUUUUGUAUUAAUAAAUACAAACACAUACACAAGUAUACAUAUUUAGGAAAUAUUUACAUGUAUUUAUUUAUAUUUACCAAUAAUUGAAAUUAUAUAUAAAUGUUUAUUAAUAUUUCGAUUUUUCUUAAACAUAUGCAUGGAUGUGUAUGUGUUAAUAAAUACAAAAUUAUUAUGCACAGUAAACAGAUAAAUAUUAUGUAAACACAAACUUGUAUUCUGGAUGCGAUUAAUCUUUUGACAGCCCUAGUUUUUUUUAACAGUUUUUGGUAUAAAGGGGUUUGUUAUAUCAUUACGGUGCUAUAUCUGUUUUGUAAAUGAGAGUUUUAACACAUUCGUUUUAAAAAUGAAACGCAAAAUAUAAAAUCUUUUUAAAAUCACUGCAGUUUAGUCAUCAUCGUGACUCAAAUGUCAGACUUUUUUGUAUCAAGAAUGAUAUAAUUCCAGUAUAUUUUUGUAAUAAACGUUUUUG